AUGACUAAUAUUAAAAAUACGUCGAAAGAUAUAAAACAAGAAGAAGUCUUGCAAGCGGUUGUUAUUGCUGAUGACUUCGAUGGAAUUUUUUCUGAUUACUGCGUACCUGAUAAUGUGGUAUUCAUGCCAAUUGCCAAUAUAAAAGCAUUCGAAUACACUUUAGAAUAUUUAGGACGUUGCGGAUUUCACGAAACAAUAUUAUAUAUUUCAUCUCAUAAAAAUAUCGAUGAAAUAAUUAAAUAUGAGAAAUGUCGAUGGCUGGAUCCUUUAUCACCUAUGAAAGUAAUAAUUAUACAUGUAAAAGAAAAAAUAAGAUCAUUAGGUGAUGCCCUAAGAGAUAUAGACAAUAGAGCAAUCAUUAAAACUGAUUUUGUUUUAUUAUCUGCAUGUACAGUGUCAAAUAUUAACUUAAUUAAUAUAUUGAACCAUCAUAGGCAGCUUCGUUGUAAAGACAAGGGUGCUGCUAUGACACUUAUACUUCAAGAUGUUGGUUCUAAAGAUCAAUGUUUAGAUGAUUCCAGUUAUGUAAUUAAUGCAAAUUCUAAGCAAUUGUUAAUGCAUGUUAAACAUUCAAAAUUAAAAAAAUUUGAAAUUCCAUUGGAACAUCUUUCUCAAAAUGUAAAUAUUAAUAUUUACAGUAGUCUUAUGGACACUGGAAUUGCCAUAUGUUCUCCAUCAGUACCUCUUUUAUUUUCCGAUAAUUUCGAUUUUCAAACAAAGGAUGAUUUUAUUAGAGGUUUACUUUUAAACGAAGAAAUAAUUGAUAGUAGAAUAUAUUGUUAUCAAAGUGAUAACAGUUAUGGAUUAACUGUUAAAAAUUGGCCAACUUUUCAAAAAGUAUGCAUGGACUGCCUUCACAGGUGGACAUUUCCUUUCGUGCCUGAUCAACCAUUUUCAACGGAAAAACCAUACUCUUCCCACAGGAAUUUUAUUUACAAGCAGCAGAAUGUUCAUUUAGGAAAUAAUUUAAAGUUAGAUGGGGAUGUCAUGAUCGGUUUAAACUCAAACGUGGGACAAAAUUCAACCAUAUUGAGAUCUAUUAUCGGUGAAAAUUGUAAAAUAGACGAUAAUGUUUUCAUAAAAGAUUCUUUCAUAUUUAAAAAUAGUAAUGUACAGAAAAAUUGUAAAAUAGAAUUGUCAGUUAUUGGAACAAACACCAGUAUUCGAGAAAAUGGAGAAUUGAAAAAUUGUCACGUUGGAGCAAAUGUUGACGUGAGUGGGAAAUGGGAAAACGUAAUAAUGAAAAAAUCACCUCCCGAUAACACAACGAAAAAAUGGACGAAGGUGAAUGGAAGUUGUUAUUACAUAAAAAUGACGUCUGAUAAAUACGGAUCGGAAGAAGCUGAUAAUUCGAUUUAUGAAUUGGGAUUAAACGAUCCGGAUGCCGAACAUGUUGAAAUGUACGAAGACGAAGAAGAUGAUGAUGAAUCUGAAGCCGGUAGCGAAACGUCGGGAGAGCAACCGGAUGAUAUCACACUGUUUUAUUCCGAAGUCGUGGACAGUCUUCAUCGUGGUUUCGAAGAAAAACUCUCGUGCGAUAAUUUAAUACUCGAAAUAAAUUCAUCGAGAUACGCUUACAACGUCGUUUUGUCUGACGUCACAAUUUUCACACUCAAAGGAAUAUUGUUGCUCCCGCCAAGAGUGAAUUCAAACACGAAAACCGUUUUAAAUUAUUUUUUACCCGUUUUGAAAAAUUACAUAAAAUCCGUCGAAGCACAAUCGGAUUCUCUCGGUUUGAUAGAAGUAAUUUUUUGUUUUUUUUUUUUAAAUUUAAUUAAUACUAAAAGUUUGCAUUUUGAUGAAAAUGUUUUUAGAAAAUGUCGCUUUACCUUUGUCGCGAACGAAAUAAAUGAAGAAUUGGGUAACGAAGUGGCGAAAAUUUUACAUUUUUUGUACGACAACGACAUUUUGUCGGAAGAUAACAUAUUAGACUGGCAUAAAAAUUUAAAUAAAAAUUCUCCCAUUUUAAGUAAAGUAGCUCCUUUGAUAAAAUGGUUGAAUGAGGCUGCAGAAGAAUCAUCAUCCGAAGAUGACAGCGAAAGUUAG